UGCUAAUUGUACAUGUAGUAUAUCAUUUUCGCCAUUUUUGCGAAUUAUGAUUUCCAGACGUCGAGGUCAGUAGAGCAGCAGCAUCGCCACUGUUCACAUCGUGUUCUCUAAGUUCAGAAUUGUGUUAACGUUAAUAAAAAUUUAUUCAUUAGUUUGAAAGAAACAAGUGUUACUUGAAAAAAUGAUUAAAUCUGAUCCAAACAUGUCGGAUACUCGUCGACGUCGCCAUAAAUCAGAACGUUCCCAUGCGUCUGAUGAUUUAUCAGAAUCAUUCGAUGAACUAGCUAUUACAAAAGACACUGCGAGCAAUGACCAGUCAGACAUUACUAUUCAUCAUGAUUCUGAGUAUGAUACUGCUGGAAGUGAUGGUGAGUCCGAUGGUGGAUCGCAAGAUGGUGUCCAGCGUGAAAGAGGAGAUGGUCAAGAAGAAGACAAACCACAGAAAAAGUUGGACGAUGAUGAGGAUAGACGUAAUCCGCAGUACAUACCAAAACGUGGUACCUUUUAUGAGCAUGAUGAUCGUACUACUGAGGAGGCUGCUGAAGAUACUGUAGAGCAACCUGUUGAAAGGGAAUCCAAGGAUAAAAAGGUCUGGAAGGAUAAAGAAGACCGGUGGGAUCAUGACAGGUACAAUGAUCAAGAGCAGGCUCCAAAGAGUCAUGAAGAACUUAUUGCUGUCUAUGGAUAUGAUAUUAGGAACGAAGAGGGUCCUCCUAGAGCACGCAGACGACGUAGAUAUGGUCGUGGACCAAAUAAAUAUACAAGAAAUUGGGAGGAUGAAGAUGCUUAUGGAAAGACACCAAUAAAUACAUCAACUAAACAGAACCGACGAUUGAAUAAAACCGGUGAAGAAUUUCCUGCUCUUGGAGGUUCAGUAAAGGAUGAUAAACAAGAUGCAGUAGAAGAACCGGUUAUAUCAUCGGCAUGGUACAGUAAUAAAAAUAAAUACAGCAAACAGCAAAACGCCUUCCCACCACUUCAAUCUCAACUUGAUAACCAGAGAACUAUAUUAUUGGCGGCUAAUGAUAUCCAUACAAACGAGAAUAAAGCUCCCAAUGAGCCAACUAAUCCUGCUUGGAAGAAGGAUGCUAAGUACAGCCAUCAAAGUUUGAUUGCUAAUAUAAACGCUGGUGAUGAUAUUGAAAAAACAACAACAGCUAACGUAAAACCAGCCUAUGUAAACAAACGACAAGUUCAAGAGAGCGUUAGUCUUGCAGCAAGUAGAGUACGAGGACGUGGAUUCAAACCAACAGCUAAUAAUAAUCUCGUUGCUAAUAGACCUCCUGAUACUAAGCCCAAAGGUCGUGGUAGUGGACUGAUAACUGGUGGAGAUAGAAGGAAUAUUAUGAGUCGGGACGAUGAUCAGUUUGUCAACGAGGUCAAACAUAUCAACGUUAACGAUGGAUCGACGUAUCAUCAUGGACGUCAACAAAAAACUUUCUACGGACAAGGAUCGAACCAGCAACGACCCAAUGUUGGUUCUCCUCGCAUGCAACCACCUACACAGCAACACCAGCAGCAGCAACAACAACAGCAACCACAAGCACAUUCUCGAUCUCCGUCUGAAAUGGGUGGAAAUAGACCAAAACGAUAUUCGAGUCUCCGUCAACGACCAGCAAUAUCAGAUGGUCCUGGACAGCAAAAUUAUCCGACUCAGCAUAAUCAACAUGGACAACAUAGCCAACAUGGACCACAUGGACAACAUAACCAGCUUGGACAGCACGGAUUUUAUUCUCCUCAAGGUGGAAAUUCACAUGGUGUUAUAGAAUCACAAGGAUAUCCACAAAAUCAUUUUGAUCAAAGCCCUCAAGUACCGCAGACUGCAAAUACACUGGCACCUCAGUCAGUGAUGCCACUACCUUCAGCAGGGCAACCAGGUUCUUUUGCACCACCCCCAUUUUUGGUGCCUACUCCGCAAUUUAUUGCACCUCAAACGGCAGCACCCAGCAUCAUUAAUUACGUACAAGCUCCUAAUGGACCGGCAUUCCCGCCUAAUUUUCAAGGAUAUCAAGGAUAUACUCCAUCGGUUCAGCCACCGGUCCCACAACCACCGCCAGAGUUAUAUCAACCACAAGGUUGCACUUAUUAUAGUCCAGCCCAACAGCCACAACAAGUACCGCAGAUAGCCCCACUUCGACGACCGAAAGCUGCGAUUCCGAUUUUACCUCCUCCAGACAACAAUUCAGUACAACGUCAGCAGAGUAGCCGUGGUAGAGGUCGUAAUGUUUCACAAGCUUCAUCUUGUAGUGGACCUGGCAGUCAAUUGUCACCUAGUGAGCAGCAGCAACAACAUCAACAUCAACAAUUUCAGCAAAUUGAUACACAACAGUGUGUAUCCGUUGAGUCAAUCAAUAAUUCCUCUAAUGAUAUUUAUAACAAUUUACCCGUUGAACACGUAGAACAAAUUUCUGAAUCUAUGAUACCACAAAUGCCUAAUGAAGAAACAAAUAUUUUUGAUGAAAGCCUUUCUCUAGAUAAUAAGUCAAUUGUUGAAAAUAUUAGAGAGGAUAAUGAUCAAUCAGUUGAAACUGUAUUGAUAGAAAAAUUAAAUGAAAACAUCACAGAAAAUUUUACAGAGAAUAUAAAUGAAAAUUUAGAAGAAAAAAAAAGUGAUAUUAAAACAGAUAAUAUUGAAGAAAUAAUUUCUAAUGAGCCAACAAAAGAAAAUAUCGAUAUAAAUAAUUUAAAUAAUGAUUUAAUGGAUAAAACUAAUGAAACUGAUAAUGAUGUAGUUUCAAUUACAAAAAAUGAUUGUGAAAAUAAUAUUGAUGAAACGGUAGUUGUUAUUGAUAAUAAUUCUAAUAAUUCAUUGAGUAAAACCAUUGAAGUAGACUCAGUAACGAUUAAUCAAACAGAUAUGAAUAAUAAAGUUGAGAAUGUGGUAUCGACUCCUGUUGUUGAAGAAGCAGCUGCUUAAUAUAUGUACAUUUAGAGAGUAACAAUUUUUGAGUAAUUUUUGCUAUUUAUCGCUAAUUGUAAAAAAUAAUUUACAAUUAUAUAUUCAGAUUAUAUUAUGUAUUCGUAUAUUUCUAAUUUGUACAAAUUGUUAUCUACAAUUGUAAUUAUUUUUGCUAUUUAUAGUUGAAACUUUACUUGAAAAAAAUUUUCCUCACUACAGCUGAAUUACAAAUAAAUUUUAGUUGGUAUUUAACCAAUUAGUUUGGAAUAUUUAGUUGUCGUGUUAAAUUAUUCAAAUAUUGUAAAUUUGUGGUAAACGUUAAAAUUUUCUUACAACUUUGCCUAUAAUAUGCGUUAAAAUUAUUACCGAGAUAAAUGCUGGUUAAUUGUAUGAGUAAAAAACAUAAAAGAAAUGCCAUGAACAGUUGCUAAUUUAUUGUUACAAUUAAUUAAAUUAACGUAAAAUCUAUCAAUUAGCAUUAUUACAUUGAAGAAUAAAGCUCAAUGUAUAGAUAGAUUUCUGCAAGCAAUUAAAUACUUUAGUGUUGCAGAUUAAAUUUUUUAAAUAAAAAUCUAACUCAUUCAAUUUGGAUAUUUAAGACUAUUCUGUAAAUACGAUAUUAAUUUAACGAUUGAGAGUUAAAAAGAAUUAAGAUUAAUAAAAUUUCUUUUUGAAACACAUUAAAAAAAACAAAAUCUGUAUUCAGUAACUUUUACACAAGCUAAAUAUUGUUGCUUUCAUUAUAAAAGAUAUAUAUAUAUAUAUAUACGUAUGUAAUCUAAUAGCUACUUAAUUCGUUUAGAUAAAUAAAUUAACUAA